UAUGAGCUAUACAUCUGUCAAAUCGUACAUGAAACCGCUCCCAAAUAAGAUAAAUUUAUCAACUAAACUUUACAUACAUAUGUGCAUGUAUCAUAUAUACACAUUUCAUACGCAAACUAUACGUAAGUGCUUUAUAAAUACGUAUAAAUGUAUACUUGAUAAGGUACAUAUUAGAUAAAAAUAUAUUUUGACAUAUGGUUUGAAAUGACGAUUGAGAAAAGAUUGAGAACAAUUCUCGAUUUGGGAAAAGUCGAUAACAUCUCGAUCGGUGAGAACAAUCAAAACUAGUCAAAAGGCACCUAAAAUCGGUAGUUUUUAAGUCGGGGUUGGGGUCGGGUUCGGGGUCGGAGCCAAGUUCCUUGCUUGCGACGUGCGCCGUAACCGUUGCGCCGUGUAACUUUCUGUCAGCCGUCGUCGGCAGAGAGCGAGUAUUCAGUGAUUAGAGGAAAGAUGGCUACGAACUUUGGCGUAGAGUGUCAGUACUUUUACGAGGAUGUCGUCUAUCGUGUGGAUAAGAAAGGUAACGUUGUGUUCGGAAUUGUUAUGGAAAAUGACGACCAAGAUUUGUCCGAAGAAAGUUCUGACAGCGAAGAGAGCCAAAAGAGGAAAAAGGGCGAGAUUCGCGUGGUCUGGCAUCCCUCCGGUAUCGAGGAGUUGGUCAGCUCGAAGAAGGUACAUUUAGCAGAUAGAACACUUAUGCCAGGAGAUGUUGUACGUCGGAUGAUCAAAGGAAAGGAUACACAGAGAGGAUACUGUAGGGAUAUUGAGCUUACUGCCUGUGUUCAAGUGAUUGGUACUAAACAAGUGCUUACCAAUAUUAGGAGCGAAGAUUUAGUUCCUUUGGAAGAAUUUGCAACGGAUAUAGCUGUUUGUAUGGAUUCAUGGGUUGGUGGCAUAAAAAUGGCAAAUUUUAAAUUGUGGCUUACUACACCCGAUGGAUCUCGUUGUGUCAUAAAUGAAACAGAUUCUCGUGUUUUAGGACAAUUAGAGGAGAGACGUGAUAAUGAUAAUGAUUUUCCUCAUUCUUCUGAAUUUUAUCCUGGUCAAAGUUUGUGGGGACCAGUUCACUGCCUAGAAGAUGCACAAUGGAUUACAUGUACAAAAGAAAUGAAAGCAAAGAGAAAAUCUAAACCACAGAAACUAACAAAGGUAAUUGUAGAAAAGGUAGAAACAGAUUGGGUAGGAGUGCAUUGGCAGUGUAGAGCAUAUUCAAAGGAUGGUGCUUGGUCAGAUCAAGCUCAACCAAAAUUCGUAGUUGAAGGAGAAAAUUUGAAGAAACUAAAAUUAUUGAAUGUUUUUGAACCAUCUACUGUGCAAGUGGGAGAUCGAAACUUUUAUGUAAUUAAAAGUGAUGAAAAUGUCAUUACACGAGAACAAUGGAGAAAACAACAAAGAGACAUUUUUCAAGUUCCUAAACAUAGUCCAAAGAAAACACGUCCAAAUAUCAGUGUGACAAAGCCAGUUGAAGAUAGAAAAAAGGAGAAGGAUAAAGAUAAACUUAAUGAACAGCAAACAUUAGAAGAGAAUGCUCAUAAUAAUAUUAACAAUUUACAAAAUAUUACAAGCAAUAAUACUCUAAUGCCUCCAGUACAAAACCAGAAUACUGAAAGUUCAGAUGAUUGGGAUACAGAAGAUACUGGAUCGCAAAGUGACAGUGCUUCAGUAUCUAGUGGAUGUUCUAGCAUGUCAUCCAUGGGUAAAAAGAAAAAAAGCCCAGCUUUAAUGACAAAGGUUCUGAAAAAGAAAAAGUUAUGCAAGGCAAAGAAGAAGAUUCCACCAGUUCCAUUGAUUCCAGGGACUAAAAUUGUUGUGGAAACAUUAUCUACAAGUACAAAAGCUAAUGUUGUAUGGCAAGAUGGUUCAGUAGAAUUUGGUAUUCCAUCAACACAACUUUAUCCGAUUCAUCACUUAGAUGAUAAAGAAUUCUUCCCUGGUGAUUUUGUAGUUGAUCAAAAGGAAGAGUCUAGAAUGUAUGGUGUAGUUCAAAGUGUUGACCAUCAGGGUAGAACAGCUAAAAUAAAAUGGUUUAAAACAUACACUUCUAGUCAAAGUCCGCAGCCAACUUUACUAGAAGAACGUGAAGUCAGUGUAUAUGAUUUAAAAGAUCAUCCAGACUUUCAGUACAGACCAGGUACAUUAGUAAUUCGAAUAGCUAAUUUUGAAGGAGAAGAUGCUGGAUGUACUGCUGGUCAAGUGCUAGAUAAUUAUCCGGAAGGACGAGUUAAAGUGUGGUGGGUUGAUGGACAUGUAAGUAUGUGUUGGCCUCAAGAUUUGUAUAAAGUAGGUGAAUAUGAUAGUGACGAAGGAGAACUUUGGGACGAUGUAUCGUCUGACGCGUCAUGGGAAACGGAAUUGGAAGACUGGUAUAUCGCCGAUACCGAUGGUACAGAACAAACAGAAUUAGAAAAUAUAAAACCAAAGCUAGCCGCACACAUCGAAAAAGCUCGCAUUGCAAUGUCUAGACUGGAAGAGAUUUUCACUCAAAAUCCCUCACUUCAGACAACCGAAGUUAUGAGAAAAUUAUUAGAAGUUUAUAAAGAUUGUCGAUACAUGGAUAAACUUAUGGGUACCUCUUUCUUCCAUGAAUGUCAUUUUCAAGGACUUCUGGAGAGAGUCCGUGAACGUGGUCGUGCAAAUGUAGCGCAACGUAUGGCGGAUCAAGUAACAAGAUUAUUUACGCAUAAAUCUGAUGGAUCAGAAGAAAAUAUAGAAAAGAACAAUAUAGAAAAUUCCAAUAAUAUACAAUCAGGAAGUAAUCCUUGUGAAAAGAUCAUUACCACUGUAACGGAUAUGACAGAAUCCAUUGAUCAUAAAAACGACGAACCCAGCAAUAAACAGAACGUAAAAGAAAAUUCAAAGAAAGAGUCGGGUUCGAGUGACUCAAGUGGCGAAUUUCUACUUAGCGAGGAUGUGAACAAUGUACCUGAUCGUUCAAUAGAGAAAUCAGAAAUGAAUAAAACUUCCAAAACUCAGAUGCACAUAACAAGUUCUCACGUGGCUAGUUCUCAAGUUUGCGUUAAAUUGUGCACUUUAAUAAAAGCUCAACUUGUACUAGCGCAUGCAGAAGUUUCUAGACGAUUCGGGUUAUCAAAGAUGUCAUUAUCCGAUGCCGAAAAAGGAUCGUCUCCUUUGAAGAAGCAGAAGAAAGAAGAAGAAAAACGUAUAGAAUUGUUACAAGAACCAUCAGAAUAUUCCAUAGAAAUUCCACCACCAAUAUAUACAGAAGGGGAAGGAUUUUCUAUAGAAGAAACAGCACCAGAUAGUCAUAAAUUUAAAUUAACAAUGUUUCAGCCUACAGAUCCUACAAACUUUUUCAGAACUGUUUCCAAGGAAUUAAAACUUUUAAAAAGUUCACUUCCACCCGGUAUAUGGGUAAAGGGAUUUGAAGAUAGAAUAGAUUUAUAUUCUGUAAUGUUUCGUGGACCUGAGAAAACACCAUACGAAGAUGGUCUUUUUCUUUUUGAUUUUCAAUUAUCUGCCGAUUAUCCUGCUGCUCCACCACUUUGUCAUUAUAUUUCUUACUGUAAUGAUAGGUUAAAUCCCAAUCUGUAUGAGGAUGGUAAAGUUUGUGUAAGCUUACUUGGAACAUGGUCUGGCCGUGGAACAGAAGUGUGGACAAGUUCCUCGACUCUCUUGCAAGUUAUAGUCUCGAUUCAAGGCCUUAUUCUCGUACCAGAACCAUAUUUUAAUGAAGCUGGAUUCGAUAAACAAAAAGGCUCUCAACAAGGAAAAGAAAAUUCAAGAAUGUACAAUGAAAUGGUUGUACUAAAAUUGGUUCAAGCACAGACUAAGUUAUUACAACAUCCACCACCUGUAUUUAAAGAUAUUAUUAUUGAACAUUUCAAGAGGCAUGCAAACAAAUUAUUGCAACGUUUAGAGUUGUGGAUGGAAAUUUCUGAACAACAUAAUAAUCAACACCCAUUAUCUCCAGUAACACCUACUACUUUUAAACAAAUAUCUGACGUUGAUAACAAAAUUUUACCAGAAUUUCCAUUAAUACCAGCGUCUAGAGGUUUCUGCAUAACACUCCGUAAAACUUUAGCUAUAUUUAAAGAAGUGCUGAUUAAAGAGGGUAUUAUAGAAAGGAACAGCGACGUACGUACUUGGGAAAAUAUCAAGGAGCAAACAAAGAGCGAGGGUCACGAAACAAGCAAAACUGCUGACAGUAAUACAAUGGAACACGACAGUAAAAAAGAGAUCAGUGAAGGAAGUUCCAAAUUAAAUCCAAACGGUAGCCUAUCAAAGGACCGUGUAUCAUCUUCGUCCACGAAUAUUUCCUCUACAUCACUAAGCGAAACGAAGAAAAUUACGUUGGAUCAUACCAUCAGCUAGCCACAAGGUAAACCUAAAUUUAAACCAAAAUAUUUAGUUCGUAAAAGAUACACGAUUAUUCGGUAAUACAUUCAAUUAAUUUAUUAUGUAUAUAUAUAAUAUAUAUAUAUAUUAUUAUAUAUAAUAAUAUAUAUAUUAAUAUAUAUAUUAAAGAUAUGUUCAAUGAUGUUCGCGGUAUUUAUUUAUUAAUAUGAACACCACUUCUAACAAGCGAUAACUUUUAACAGAAACGCCGCUGUCAUUGCUCCGCAGCUAGAGAUAUUUGUUACUGUAGAGUAACCACAUAGUAACGUAAUAAAUACGAUCAUAUAGGCAUGUAUGAACAAAUAAGAUCUUGUUCUUGUAUACAAUUUCGUAAAUUUCUGAGAUAUAUUACACAAUUUAAUUUAUGAUGUUAUAUAGAAUAUAUAAUAAUAAAAAUACAUAUAUGUAUAUUAUAUAUAAUACAUAAUAUUAUAAUAUUUACGAAUAUAAAAUUAAUAUUUGGUCACGGGAUACUAUAUAUGCAUUUAGUUCUAUAAUUCUGCAAUGAAAAUAGAAGGCGUUUCUCAAAAACGCAGUUUGACUGAAUUAUUGAAACAAAGAAACAAGGAAGGAGAAAAUAAUGUCAAAUAUUGAAUAAGCGAAAAAGUAUUGUCACUGCAUAAAGAAUGAGAAAAAUUAAAAUGAAGAAAUAAAGUAACCAAUAAAAGGUAGCAAUACGUUAAGCCAACGUGAAAACACUUCUCAAUAGAGUUUAAGAAACACGAUAAUAAUAGUUAUUAAUUCUACAUGCAUUUCACUGAAUACAAUCGAGUAAUAACGCCACCAACCUUAUGAAAGAGAAAUUCAUUAUCCUUCAAAUAUCUUAAAAAUCAUUAUGCCAUUCAAUAAUACAAUAUUUCAAAUGAAAUUACAUGAUUUUGAUUGCAAAUAGGUUGUAGUUUAGGCACAAAAAGAUUCGUAUUUAGAUCAGAAACCUAUGACAAUUAAUGUCCAAUGUUAUAGAUACUUCUAACGUAGUAUGUAAAUUAUAAACAAAUUAUUAUUAUACAUUCUAUUAUCUACAGUCAAGGAAUUUUCUUUAUCGAUAAUUUGUUUCGUAUAUUUAUAGGAAAAAAUUGUUUUUGUGAAUCCUCCGUUUUUGUUUUGGUAUAUAUAAUAUUUAUUCGAUAAUAAAGUACUUGAUGUUGUCACGAACAUUUGCGGAGAACAUUAGUACUUAUUAAACAACGUAAGCGUUUUGCAGUAUUACUUACAUUUAUUUUUUCUUUUUGUUUAAUUUUACACUUCUUUGGUGUAAUAAUAGAAUAUAUUUGUUUGCGACGAGGGAUUCAUGUUUCUGUAAAUUUAAAAAUGAAUGCAUAUAACUAGGAGUAUGAAACUUAAUACACGUGAAACGGGAGUAUGCAUUCUGAGAUAUAUUGCAUGCAACGAAGUAAUCGAAGAACGAUUAACAUAUUAAGAACAACGUUCAGCUUUGUGUUUUUUACUUGAUAUUAUGUUAUAUAAUCUUGUUUUAUUUAUAUAUUAUUAUAUUUUAUUUAUUUUUCGUACUCCAAUUUUAAAAUAUAUGUACAACCUAAAAUAAUUAUUUAUGUAACUGCCCCGUUAUUUUAUUAAAGGAACAGAAUUCCAAUGAAAACUUUCUUUUUACAAGGAUGUCUUAUUUGCUAUUAUAUUUAUACACUUCUUAUAUUUAUACACACCACUACACAAGUUUAAUUUAUUUAUAUAUUGCAUUUUUUGUUUAUUUAUAUGCUUAUAUUUAUAUGUUAAUAAACGACGUAAAAAUUUAUGUUACUAGGUGGUGUUUAAUCCUAUUAACUGAUUACUCGUAAAUAUAAAUGCAAAUUAAAAUUGUAUUGAUCAUUCGAAUAAUUAUUUCUUUGUGAUAUUUUUACGGUACCGGAUAUGUACAGUAUGUGCGCGACUUGAAACAUUAAUGCACAAAUUCAUGUUCCACUCUCGCGCCGAAAUGUAGUCAGCUUUAAAAAAAAACAAUCAACAAUUUAAUGUAUACGCAUCAUAUGCAUUUUAUCUGCAUGUUCUUUCCAUUAUAUCGAUUUGUUCUUUUCGUUGAAUAUCUAUCAAAUAUAUAUAUAAUAGCACAGAAUUUGCGUGUUAAUGAAAGAUAUACGAUCACGUAGUACUGUACAUGUCGAAGUGUAUCUUUUCUGCUGUAAAUCAGUAGAUUUGAUAUUCUUCGACCAUAUUGCAGUGUUGUCAAGCAAUCGCCACAAAGUGCGGCGACUUUGGAAUUCUUGCGCCAACAGGGUGCAUACAAAAUGGGUACAGACAGAGACAGGAAAGUAAAAAAAAGAAAACAUGUGUUUGCGCGAACGUUUCCUCGAAAUCAUGUGGUGCUGAAUACAUAAACAAAAAAAUGAAAGGAAAAAAUCACAAUUAUACCAGGGAAACUGCAAUCUCUAGGAAAAAAGGAAAGGGAGAGAAAAUGUAUUAAGUAAAAAUGAUAACUAAACUAAACGAAGAAAAUAACGAGAGGGGAAGAAACAAUGCGAGUACUGUCUUUUAAGGCAGAGAAGAGCUUGUAUUGUGAAACGUGAUGUUUUGGAAAGCCUUGUAUAUGUGCCAGCUAUUUCUAUUUACAUUAUGAUGGUAAUUAUAUCCGUAAGUUGCAUAGAGCUUUAUUUUCGCCGUAAAAUUACUUUAAUAUUGUAUGAAAAGAACAGAUGGAAUAUAUUUAAUUAUUCGAGUCAACAUAUAAACUGUCGAUACCAACAUUUUAAAUGCUGCUUCAGUAACUGUUUCUCAUGAUCCUUUGAAACAUUAUACAUACAUAUAAAGCAUACUAAGCUAUUGAUUUAUUUUACAAAUUUAGUUCGUAAGUAUAUGUAACUAUUUUGAAAGUUAAUUAAGAUAUAUUUAUAUAUUUAAUUUAAAUAGAAAUAUUUCAAAGGAUUAGUGAACAACUACAUAGAAUAUUAUUAUAAACCUUCUAAUAUAAGGCAUUAAUCUUAACUAUCUAUUUCGUGUAUUAGAGAAAGUAUCUCAUUUGAUAUUUAGUUGAAGAUCUUUUCUUGUUGGUAUCGACUAAUUUAAUAUAUUACGACGAUUAUUAUGUAAUGAUCUAUUACUUGUAAUUUGGUUUCCUUGAUUUCUAUUUAAUAAAAAGUUAGUAUGUGCGAUUAAAAAAUA